AUGGAGAUCUCAGUUAAAUGUCCCAUUUUUGGCUGCCUCUUGCUCGUGCUCUUGCCUAUGCUAUGCUCCUCUCAAGACAACUUUGUAUACUCUAGAGCCACUUAUUAUGGCAGCCCUGAUUGCUAUGGGACACCAUCUGGGGCUUGUGGAUUUGGUGACUUUGGAAGGACUGUGAAUGAUGGCAAUGUUGCUGCCGUUUCUUAUCUCUAUAGGAAUGGUUCUGGUUGUGGUGCAUGCUACCAGGUUAGGUGCACUAAUCCAACAUAUUGUAGUGAUAGUGGAGCCUAUGUAGUGGUGACUGACCAUGGUGAAGGGGAUUACACUGACUUUAUCUUGAGCCCACGAGCCUUUGCAAAAUUGGCUCAUCCAAACACAGCCUUUGAAUUGUUCUCUUAUGGUGUGGUUGAUGUACAAUUCAGAAGGGUUUCAUGCCAAUACCCUAAUUACAACACGGUCAAGUUCAAGGUUCAUGAGCAUAGUAGGUACCCGGACUACUUGGCGAUCGUCAUCAUUUAUGUCGGUGGCCAAAACGAUAUCACCGUCGUUGAAUUGUGGCAGGAGGAUUGCAAUGAAUGGAAGGGGAUGAGGAGAUCCCAUGGAGCUGUUUGGGACAUGGCAAACCCACCUAAAGGAGACAUAAAAUUGAGGUUUCAAGUGAGUGGAAGUGUGGGAUAUGGAAGGUGGGUGAUGGUAACCAAUGCUCUCCCAAGCUAUUGGAAGGCAGGAGUUGAUUACGAUACUAACAUUCACCUCUAUUAACCCUUUAAUUAAACAUACCCAUUAGUACUAUGUGUUGUAUUAUGCA